CCCACAAAAAAAAAAAAAAAAAAGAGGCGAAUUGUCUGGCUUGAGCUCGGCUCCGGAGGGACCGCGAGGAGCUUUGCAUCGCUCCCGCCGCCGGCGGCGCGGGGCUGCGCGGCCAGGAUGGGCGGCGGGGCCGCGCGGAGCAGCUGCCCCCCGCGCCCGGAGCGGCGGCUGCUGUUGCUGCUGGGGCUCUGCAGCUGGACGGCCGCGCUGCGAGGAAAUGAUAACAGUGAAGCCCUUCCAGAGUCUAUCCCAUCUGCUCCUGGAACACUGCCUCAUUUUAUGGAGGAACCAGAUGAUGCCUACAUUAUAAAAAGCAACCCCAUUGUCUUACGCUGUAAAGCUAUGCCAGCUAUGCAGAUUUUCUUCAAGUGCAAUGGUGAAUGGGUCCAUCAAAAUGAGCACGUGUCUGAGGAAAGCAUGGAUGAGACUACAGGAUUGAAAGUUCGAGAGGUUUUCAUCAACGUGACGAGACAGCAGGUGGAAGAUUUUCAUGGGCCAGAAGAUUACUGGUGUCAAUGUGUUGCGUGGAGCCAUCUAGGGACCUCGAAGAGUAGGAAGGCAUCUGUCCGCAUAGCGUAUUUACGGAAAAACUUUGAGCAAGACCCCCAAGGGAAGGAGGUUCCUAUCGAAGGGAUGAUCGUUCUCCACUGUCGGCCACCCGAGGGAGUCCCUGCAGCUGAGGUGGAAUGGCUAAAGAAUGAGGAGCCCAUAGAUUCCAACCUGGAUGAGAACAUUGACACCAGAGCAGACCACAACCUCAUCAUUCGACAGGCACGUCUGUCUGACUCUGGGAACUACACCUGCAUGGCUGCCAACAUUGUUGCCAAGAGAAGGAGCAUGUCUGCAACAGUUGUGGUGUAUGUUAACGGAGGCUGGUCAUCGUGGACCGAGUGGUCAAACUGCAACGCGCGGUGCGGUCGGGGCUGGCAGAAGCGAUCGCGGACCUGCACCAACCCUGCUCCACUCAACGGAGGCGCGUUUUGUGAAGGAAUGUCAGUGCAGAAAAUUACCUGCACUUCUCUUUGCCCUGUGGAUGGAAACUGGGAGGUGUGGAGCGAGUGGUCUGUGUGCAGCCCAGAAUGCGAGCAUCUGAGAGUUCGGGAAUGUAUCGCACCGCCUCCAAGAAACGGAGGAAAGUACUGCGAGGGCUUGAGUCAAGAGUCAGAGAAUUGCACUGAAGGGCUUUGCAUUCAAGAUAUUGAGACCGCCAGUGACAUUGCCCUGUACUCCGGCCUGGGAGCAGCAGUCAUUGCUGUGGCUGUGCUGGUGGUUGGCGUCACCCUUUACAGACGGAGUCAGAGUGAGUACGGCGUCGAUGUGAUUGAUUCAUCUGCACUGACAGGAGGCUUCCAGACAUUUAAUUUUAAAACAGUCAGACAAGGUAACUCCCUGCUUUUGAACUCCUCCAUGCAGCCUGACCUGACCGUGAGCAGAACGUACAGCGGGCCCAUCUGCCUGCAGGAUCCCAUGGACAAGGAGCUGAUGACAGAGUCUUCACUGUUCAACCCACUGUCAGACAUCAAAGUCAAAGUUCAGAGUUCAUUCAUGGUGUCCCUAGGGGUGACAGAGAGGGCUGAGUAUCAUGGAAAGGCGCAUUCUGGAACUUUUCCUCAUGGGAAUAAUAGAGCUUUUGGUACAAUACAGGCUAGAAACAAGGCGACGUAUAUUCAGAACCUGUCUUCUAUUUCAACAACAAGUGAGCUGAAGACAACUGCCAUUUUUGGACACCUGGGUGGCCGUUUAGUGGUUCCAAACACAGGAGUCAGUUUGCUGAUACCACAUGGAGCAAUUCCUGAAGAGAGUUCGUGGGAAAUCUACCUUGCCAUCACUCAAAAGGAGUCCAGCCUGCAGCCAGAAGGCACAGAUGUUCUUCUAGGACCAGAAGUAACCUGCGGCCCCUCGGAUCUGUCGGUCAGUACCCCCUUUGCCUUGACGAUACCACACUGCGCAGAAGUCAGUUCAGAGCACUGGAAUAUUCACUUGAAAAAAAGGACCCAGCAAGGAAAAUGGGAGGAAGUGAUGUCUGUGGAAGAGGAAACUACUUCUUGCUACUGCCUGUUGGAUCCUUAUGCCUGUCACAUUCUCUUAAACAGCUUUGGAACUUAUGCUCUUAUUGGAGAACCGAUCUCUGACUGUGCCAUUCGACAGCUGAAAGUAGCGGUUUUUGGCUGCCUGUCUUGCAAUUCUCUGGAUUACAAUCUGAGAGUAUAUUGUAUGGAUAACACACCUUGUGCAUUUCAGGAAGUGGUUUCGGAUGAAAGGCUCCAAGGAGGACAAUUACUGGAGGAACCAAAACUUUUGCAUUUCAAAGGGAACACCUUCAGUCUUCAGAUAUCUGUCCUUGAUAUCCCUCCUUUCCUUUGGAGAAUCAAACCAUUUACUGCAUGUCAGGAAGUCCCCUUCUCCCGCGUGUGGUGCAGCGGCCAGAAGCCACUGCACUGUGCCUUCUCACUGGAGCGCUACACCCCUGCGACCACGCAGCUGUCCUGCAAGAUCUGUGUCCGACAAGUCAAGGGCCACGAGCAAAUCCUGCAGAUCCAGACAUCCAUCCUAGAGAAUGAACGAGAAACCAUUGCGUUCUUUGCACAUGAUGACAGCAACUUCCCUGCACAGAUGGGUCCGAAAGCAUUCAAAAUCCCCUACUCUAUUAGACAACGAAUCUGUGCAACAUUUGACACACCCAACGCCAAAGGCAAAGACUGGCAGAUGUUAGCACAGAAAAACAGCAUUAACAGGAAUCUCUCCUAUUUUGCUACACAAAGCAGCCCGUCUGCCGUCAUUCUGGACCUCUGGGAAGCCCGACAUCAGCAUGACGGCGACCUUGACUCCCUAGCCUGUGCCCUGGAAGAAAUAGGAAGGACACACUCCAAAAUCUCAGACAUAACAGAAACUGAGAUUGAGGAGCCUGACUUCAACUACAGCAGACAAAAUGGACUUUAGUCACCUUUUUGCAUUCAAGAACUGAUGGCCAGCUUUGACUAUUACACCAGAGAUUCUCUUUGGCAGGGAGGAAAUAAGGGUUUCUGCACCGUGAGUGUGGAAGCAGACACUGAUUUCCACAAUGCAGUUUUCAGUUGGAGGAGCAGAAGCAGCCCUAUUAAAAACCAUCUUGUUACACCUAAUAAGGGAAACACAAGCUUCUCCCUGUCCUCUCUCAUUUAAAAUUCACGUUUUAAUGUCAAAACCACAACUACACAGCUAUCAUUCCUGGGACAGGAAGGAGUGAGAUACAGAGCCAUAGGAGGUAAAUAUUAUGAUGUAAAGGAUUUAGGAGACUGUAAUGAUAAUGUAAUGCCUACUGAAAAUCAACAAAUAGGAUAUUGAAUAUUUAGAACCACUAGAGGUUAAACCUCGUUUAAAGGAUUGUCAUCUUGGGGCUGUUAGUCCCCUUUGUCCUGUAUCUCUAACUUACCACACCUGAAGAGUAGCUUUAACAUGUCAUUUCAUAGCAUCAUUUUGUCAUUUUCUACAGGAAAACUGAAAAUCUGGCCUUAUCCUGUUCAGAUGUUUGAGGAAUUAGAUCUCGUAACUAUUUAUAUUGGUAUCCAUGUGUAUUCCAAACAUUUCUUUUAAAAAUUUAAUCACUUAGUGAACAUACAUUUGCUGCAGAGCUUUCCUGCCUAUUCUGUUAACAAAACAACAGAACCCUUCUCUGUGAAAUUAGUGUGUGUGAGAGAUAAAUUUUCUAACUUGGUCUGCAAACUUUCACUUGGUCAAAAAAUGUUGCUUUGGGGGUGGAUUUAAAUAACCAAAUAAACCACAGGAAAUUGCCAGCCCUGUUUUAGCAAGCUUACACAUUUUUUUAUCAUUCCAUGUUCUAUGGCUAAUCUAAAAAGUAAAGGUGAAGUCAAUCAGCACUGCUUAAUUUUGGUUUUGUUUCAGAUUGAAACAAUAACCCCCACAUGGUAUUGCCAAAAAUUGGCCUGAUUUCAUCGUACAAUUUGGAAACUUCACAAGAUACAAAGCUGGCUAUGUUACGUUUGGUUUAGUUACAAACAUAUUGCAUUCACCACCAAACCCAGAACCUAGCUAGAGAAUCCUCAUUUUUUAUCCAUUUCACACAAAAAUAAUUUAUUACUUCAACUGAACCAAAAAAAGAGCUGUCACUGUGAGUGUCCUAGUGGAACUAGUACUGAGCCAAAUUUAACCAAUGUUUUUACUCAUAUAUUCUUUAAAAUUAGCCAAGGUGUUCGUUAGCUCUGUGCCUAGGCUAUCAGUUUUUGUGAUAGGAAUACAAUCAGUACAAAGCAGGAACACAAACAAGAGUUUGGGAACUUCAUGGAAAAGCAAGAAAUUGAAAACAAGCAUUUGGGGGUGGGGCGGGAUUACCCCAUUUUGGCUGAGGGUAGGUACUUGGUGUGCAAAUCUAUAAUAACCUGAAACUAUUAUUCACCCAGGAUUCCAGUUCGGAAAAUAUGACAAACAGCUCUUGAUGUAAGACUGCUUGUUCUUGCUGAUCUGAAAUUGCAAAUUUCAUUGCUUUCCCAGCUCAGCAGGCUGGAAUAGUCUUAAGACUUUUAUAAAUACUUAAGACUUCCCCAAAUAUUUUCUGCACUUUAGUAUUUCAUGCAGCCUGACAUGCGAGUUCCUGUUUGCAAUGGGAAAUCAUAAAGGCUGCAAGCAUAUUUAAGACUGAGACAAAAAUACCAGGUUAUUUGGCAGCAAGCUGUCACUGUUUUCAGCAGCACAUGGUUCUAUCUGUGUUUGAAUUAUAUUUCCAGUGACUUACAGUCCUCCUCCUCAGAAACCUGUUCUUCAUUGGGCAAAAUGUCAUGAAUUAAAAAAAAAAAAAAAAAAUAAGGAAUGGCAUCCACAGAAAAGCAGUGGAGAUUUAGUGAGCUGUUGUUGUCUGGGAAACCAGCUACAGUCACUCUCCAGCAGUUAAUUUGUUCUCAGCUUCUCAGACGCAGUUUAAUUUCCAAACUAGCUUGGGUUAGCCACCACAACGGAGGGCAGGCAUGACCCUGCAGGUGCUGCACCACAGCCGUGUCAUUUGAAGAGCUGUAUGUAUUUUCUCCUCUUGUUUUCUACAUACAUGUGAGCUACACACAGCAUACAGGGUCAAGAAGAGCUGCUCUGUGGAGCUCAGAACUUACAGCUUUUUCUCAGGAAACACACAGUGGUUACUAGCAAGACUUGGGUAGCUUUGAAAAACCCCUGUGUACAGUGACACCCAACUCGGAAUGGUCGGUGAAGCCAGCAGCUGUCUGGGCUGACUUCCCCCAAGGUGCAUCUGCCAGGGUCCUCGGGCUGAAGGUACCUGGGCUGCACCCCAGAAUCCAAUGAAGUCUGGGCUCUGAGCUAACCUACUGGCAAAAGUUCCUUACAAUGCCAGAAAAGACGCUGUUCAAUUUUGGGCCAGAGGUAAGAUAUUAAUUUUACAUUGCUCAAUGGAGUAUUGUUGUUUCCCUUCUGGUCUUGUUUCCUGAGUUUUCUUCACUUUUGCUAAAGCAGCUUCUUCAUUACUGGUCUUACUUUUCUGAAUCUGAAUCAAGAACUCUGACUUUUUCUAACCUGUUACUUUUUUGACACUCUUGUAUUGAAAAGUGGGCUAGAAAUGCCACAAUGCUGCUUACUUACCUCUCUCCCACUGGAACGGGGUUUGAAACAGUAACCAAACGAGCCUGAUUGCUGAUGUGAGCUCACCUGGCUGCACAGCCGAGUCAUACAGGAAUGCCACCGUGUGUGGCAUCUACUGGUGACCAGGGCUGAACGUUCGGGGAAACCGCGUAAGGAAUGUGCCCUGUCCCAAAGGACCUCCUCACCAGGGGGCUGCACCUUGACCACUGUAGCUAAGAUCCGCUGAUACCGUCCUUCAAAAACUGACUGAUCCCUUUGGAACCCACUGAAACGCUUGGCCUUCAUGGGCAAUGUCUGGGAGACACAAGUGCCACAACCAUCUUUUGCGUUUUUCAAACAGCCUUUCCUUCCCAAGCUUUCCUUUUGUUUAACACGUGCUGCCUGACAAUUGCCCGGGCUCCCCCGGUUCCCUAUAAGAAGUAACGCUGAGGAACUGCUACGGAAUCUCCUUGUCUGUAUUACACACGCCUUUACAGGCUUCUCUCACCUUUCAUCUCUGCUCACACUCUGUCUGGGCUGAAAAGCCCUGGUGAGCCCAUCCUAAUCUUUGAACAUCCUUGCUGUUAUUCUACCACCUCUAGUUCCAUGUCUUUUUGGAGAUGGAGUGACCAAUAACUGGCUUUUCAACAGGAAUACGGGCUAAAUCACGCAGUUCCUCCACUUCCUCAAUUUCUUGCUGUUCCCACACUCAGUAUCAAAUCAGAGACAUAUCAAUUAAUAUCAGUUAAGAUUUUGCUGUAGCAUAAAGCCACAAGAAACACCUGUGAGAGAGUGCAGAACAACUGAGAAUGCAUUAACGGACUUCACUACGCAAAGUACUCGAGCUGAUACAUACCGAACAGCCAGAAAAUGAAACCUGUGAGGAAAAAAUGUGUAGCUGAAAAAAAACUGAGAUGACAGAGAUGAUGUCAAAAAUCAUUAAGAAAAAAAAUUCAUAAAAGGAAAUAAUUUGUUCUCUGUGAUAACGAUGAAUAUCGGUAGGCAGAAGCUGGACAAUAAGAAAUGAAGUUAGACUUCUGAGUGGAAAAAUAGGCUACAGGGUUUUUUCUUUUCCCUUUCCCCCACUGCACCUGUUGAUUACCUGACGUGUCGGGUACAGACGUGCCUGUUUCAGGUGCUCCCUUUCUGUUGUUUCACAUUAGCAUCGUGGGAGGAUAUCAAUAGUACUUGGCACUUCUACUGACAGAGGCUUAUGCCAGUUCUCCUCCCUUUAUUAUGCACAGUCCUGGUUUUAGAGUUGGACAAAUUAAAAUGUUUUUUAGGUAAAUGCAUCUGCUACCAUACAAAUGAGGCAGCCACAUGGAUUUUGUUAAUAUCAACAAACAGCUAAACAAUAAAAGUAAAAGAUGUUAAAUGUUUGCUUCCUAUUUUCUACAGAGGAAAGCAGUUGACUUUUGCCAGCUCCCCCCCCCAGGAUGUUGUAGCUAUGGUUUGCAAGACGGUAUUCCCUCAGAAUAAUUUACAAUUUGUAUGCAAAUGCUAUAUAAAUAGAUAAUAUUGAUCAUUAUUAGGAAUCUUAAAAUUCCAGAAACACAUUUUUACCAUCUAUUUUUUGGAAAUUUCUAUACAUUUAUCUACGAUUUGAUCCAAAACACAGAUGUCGGAGCAUCUGAAGAAGGAUUAGAGGCCAGAAAUUAAAAAUCUAUUCCUUUCCUCUCUUUUAUAAAUUUUGUCUUUCAAAAAAUAAUUUUUAAAAUCUCUUCAAAAACUAGAAAGUAAAAGGAAGAGAAAUGUAAUGUUACACACUUAAGAUUCCAUCUAGCUGCCCCGAGUCUGAUAUGGUGAAAUAGCCAUUUUGAUUUUACAUCACCAAAGAACCUGCUCUAGUAUAUUUUCAUCUUCCUAAGCACUUUCCCAGAUAUUUUCUGUGCUGUGAGUCAUUUAAGACUAAUAGUUGUGUUUUAAAAAUGACUUACAAUUUUGUCACCAAAAUGGUGUGCUUCACAGCUCUGCCAGACUGCAGCAUCAUAAAGCUAAUUUACAGCUUUUACAACACUGCUUUUGCAGUCUUACUAGUUUACAUUAAAAUCCUUUAAGCCACAAGGAAAGGAACCCUGCUCUGUAGAUUUAAAUUCAAACUUCAUUUACCAGUGCAAGUCCCAUAAACCCAAGAUGUACUCCCACAAAAAUUUUAUUGGGCUUUUUGUAAUAGAUGAAAAGAUAUUGACACAAUUUUUUUAAAAUAUAGGGAAUUAUUUUUGUUAUUAUUUUUAUCUCUGGCAACAGCUGGUCUCUUCCUCUGUGGGCCUGUGCACAGCUUGCUCUCAGUAGGUUAAGAGAGAAGCUUACUCAGCAUAAAUCACUAGAACAGGGAUCUUGUCAUAGGACUCCAUGGUAUUAACAUCAUACUAAAGGUCUAUUCUUUUUUUUUCCACUUGAAAGAUAGUGCUAUAUGAGGGUUUUAAAACAUGCAGUAACUGGUCAAUUCCAGAUACAAUUUUUCACUACAAAAAAUAUAGUUGAUGUAUAUAGUGCAGCUACAACAAGUGAGCAACUGCUGUGGACUUCUGGUCAUGGUUUGAUUUUUAUUUUUUUUUUCUCCAGUGUGUUUCUGCCUGUAAAACAUAGAUUUAAGCAAAGGGCUGCAUUAUUUCUUGUAUGGUAAUUAACUGAGUGGAAAACCAGAAACUAUUUCCAAGUCCUUAACAACUGUGAAUGAUGUGAAGAUUUGUCUAUCCUUUCUUUUACUGAUUUGAAUGGUACCUGGGAAGUUCUCCCACUUGUUACACAGCAGUAGAGCUAGUUAACAUUAUUCACCAAGAACCUUUUUCACAUUAAACCCGGUGAAGAAUGUUUUCUAUCAGUUGUUCGUUUGUGGUACAUGCCUUGGUAAAAUACUCCCUUGACACUAUUCCUGCCUCAGAAGAGGCCGGCGGUUCUUCCGCAGCAGCAUGUAAAAUGGCACAUACAUCCUUUCUUUGCUAUAUAAUGGCUGUCUACUUGAAAUUACUUAAAACAUAAAGGAUUCCUGAGCAAAGACAGUAACUUAAAAUACUAGGUAUAUAACACACAAUACCUGUAGCAACAAACAAAACUCAAUAUGCUGGCAGAAGAUCAUUAAUCAUUUUCUAGUAAAGUCUAGCUCUUUUCUCUCAUUGCCAAUACUAGCAUAAAUGGUAGCAAAAAUCUCCUUUCCAAAAUGGACAAAAAUAAAUAAAUCACUCUAAGAUUAAAGAAUCACUUAUGAAAUCAUUUGAUAGUAACAGUGUCCGCAAUGCAGAAAACUGAACAGAUGUUCUACUCAUUGCUGCAAGUAAAAGAAAAAUCUGUCGGUGUCCAUGUUCACUGUUCUGUCCAAAAAUAAAAUAAAUGUCUAGGAAUUUGCCACUAUAUUUUUUGUAUUAGAGGUGAAUAGUACAGAUUCUACUAGUGUUUCUUGUCUGGGGCUUGGGUGGGUUAGGGGUGUAUUGUAAUUUUCAAGCUAUUGCAAAAGCUGCUUUUAAAUAAGCUGUUCAGUUGUAUUGAAUAACUGGUUUGUGCUUUCCAAGGGAAUCCAGGUGAGCCAGGACUCAAUGGGUAGCCUCCUUGCCUUGCUGUCACAGGGUAACUAGAGCUGAAGUCACUUGUGAACAUUUAGCUAAGGGAUAGGGAGAUUAGAUGACCCAUCCCUGAUCUGUAAUGUGGUGUACUGUAAUCUAAUGAGAUUAGACACUCACCUACUGUAGAGCCGUGGUUUUGUCAGCAGCUACUUAGUUUGUCUGCCCCCGGUGUGAUAACCUUGGUUAAGGAUGUACUUCUGCAGAUUUAAGAAGAUGUUAAACCCCUGUGUUAUCUGGUCUCUGUAUAUAAAUCUUAUUGUCUAAUCCCAAAAGGAAAUGUGUAGCACAACAUGAAGUUAAGGGUGUUCUGCACCAAGCCUGGUUAAAGUUUAUUUCUGAUACAGCAGGAGGGGGAAGGCAGAUCUAACAGCAAGUGUAUUUGCUAUAGAAAACAAGAACGUUUCCUAACGAAUACUCCCUUAGAACUGACGGAAGCUUUGUUUUUGCAGCUUAAAAAACCAGUAAGACCUAGUAUUUCCCGUACUGAGAUCUGGAAUAUUAACCUUACGGUGAUGGUAUCUUUUCAAGCAACUCCUUCAGUUUUUCCCCAUUUAUGCACUGAAGUUGGAGAGGGAGGGAGGAAUUUUUUUAUUUUUUUAAUUAAGCUGUAGACUUCUGUAUUCUUUCCACUUUUGGCCUAGAACCCGGAUACCAUUACAGAACCUCACAAAGUUCCCUGAUGCAUCAGUAAGCAGUACACACACACAUGCACACACACACACAGAUAGAUAUAUGUGCCUCAUCGGGGAUGUGGCAUAUACAUGCUUCUGAUAUAUAUUUGGGAACAGCAAACUGACUUCAGAGAAUUUGUGACUCGGGAGAUGUUGCUGCCUCCUCCCGUCUUCUAAUCAAAUUCAUGCCCACUGUGACUCUGCUGAUCUCUGUUUAUACAUGGGUACAAAAACAUUACGUGUACACCUUCUGUUAAUUUGGAUGAAGUAAAAUGUGUUGCUGGUCAGUCUGGUGAGACUUAAAGUGUUACGCAGGACUGGAGCUAACUUGAUUUCCAUUGCAUAUUCAACAUUUUGACCAGCCUCUUGGUGAAAAGGGGAGGGGGAACUUCAACCUAAUCAAAUACAAAAUAAAUUAUUAUUUUUUAAAAAAGAGAAAACCACAAGUAUUCCUCUAGAGAGACCUAUUUUCUCUUCUGCUCCUUUAUUUUCGCAGUGAAUAGGUUCUGAAAAUGUUGGUUCUUGCUCAUUUGGCUGAGCAUUCUUCCCUCCCCAUGGUUUCAGUGUGUUUAGAACUGAAAAAAGAGCAGAGGUUUGAAUGCUUUCUUUAGUAUGAAGCUGAAGGAGUAGGGAAGAGAGACAGAAAAAUAAUUAAAUAAAAAGCAUGGCCUUGGCUUCAUACCACACUUUCUGUGCCUUGUUCUAUCAAUGUAAAUUCUGAAUGUUGUACAGUAAAAUACUUGGGAAAGACUCCUUGGAAAAGGCUGCACUGGCUUCUUUUUUUCAGCACAUGUACAUAUAUAAAUAUAUAUACAUAUAUAUAUUUGGUAAUGCCAAACAGCUGUGUUAUAUUGUACUGAAAAAGUAAUAAUGGACAGUUUGGAUGUUUUAUGUAGAGUUUGCAAAAACUGUAUGGCUGUAGCCUUUUGAAGAUAAAUGUACAGACGUAAACUACUGCAUAUCAGUUAUUUAUGAAUAAAGAGUCUUUUACUGACAUCUUA